UAAUAUGAGCCAUUUCGGAUUAAAACUUUCUCCGAAUAGACAUUUUCCCUUAAAACUAAACACCCCCUCCCCGGCUAACAUCAAACAUAAAACAAAACACUCCCUGCAAACAUCCAUGACACACUCCCAUCUCACACCCAGGGUGGUAAGAACCAAGUUCCAGAUGUGGGCAUGAUCAGAAUUGGUGUUGAGUUCUGCCGUGUGAUUAAUCCUGUGCCAGUGCGCCAUCAAAAGGAGAGCUCUCAUUUUGCACUAAUGACUUGUGAGAGGUUUUGUUUGUCUUGCAAAGCUUCGAGCACAUCACAUGAAAUCAUUGAGCCCAAAAUCUUCCCACCCAAUUUUCAAACUCAUAGAACAAUGCAAAAACAUAGCCACCCUCAAGCAAGUCCAUGCUCAAAUGAUCACAACUGGGCUUAUUCUCCAUACUUACCCUCUCAGUCGCAUUCUCAUUUCAUCCUCCACCAUUUCCUAUGCUUUAAGCAUCUUCAACCAAGUAACAAAUCCAACAAUCUUCCUUUUCAACACCCUCAUCUCAUCGUCACUUGCUCGGAAAGAAGUUGAUCAAACUCACUUUGCCUUAGCUCUUUACACUCGUAUUCUCACGCAAACUACUCUCAUACCUAACAGUUACACCUACCCUUCUCUUUUUAAGGCUUGUAGUUCUCAACCAUGGCUUCAACAUGGCCGAGCCUUGCACACCCAUGUCUUGAAAUUCCUCGAACCACCUUAUGAUCGUUUUGUUCAAGCCUCAUUGCUUAAUUUCUACUCCAAGUACGGGGAAUUGGGUGUUUCAAGAUUCCUCUUUGAUCAAAUUACUAAACCAGAUUUAGCUUCUUGGAACUCCAUACUUACAGCUUAUGCCCAUAACACUUCUGUUCACUAUGAAGCCAGUCCUGAUAAUGCUUAUGAUAGCACUAAUUUGUCGUUAGAGGUUUUGCUUUUGUUUAGUCAAAUGCAGAAAUCUUUGACUUGUCCCAAUGAAGUUAGUUUGGUGGCAUUGAUUAGUGCUUGUGCUGAUUUAGGUGCACUUAGUCAAGGAAUAUGGGCUCAUUCUUAUGUGCUUAGGAAUGGUCUUAAGCUCAAUCGGUUUGUUGGCACAGCAUUAAUUGCCGUGUAUGCAAAUUGUGGGCGUCUCGGUUUUGCUCGGCAGGUAUUCGAUCGAUUGCUCGAACGAGACACUUAUUGUUAUAAUGCCAUGAUUAGAGGACUUGCAGUUCACGGCCUUGGUCUGGAAGCCCUUGACCAUUUCAAGAAAAUGGUGGAUUUAGAAGGUUUGGUUCCUGACGAUGUAACAAUGCUAGUUAUUUUGUGUGCUUGCUCUAAUGUGGGGUUGGUUGAUCAAGGCUGCAAAAUUUUUGAGUCUAUGAAGGAGGAUUAUGGCAUUGAGCCUAAGCUUGAGCACUAUGGGGCCUUAGUGGACCUAUUCGGUCGAGCAGGCCGAGUAAAGGAGGCUCAGGAAAUAGUUCAGACCAUUCCUAUGAAGCCAAAUGCGGUUCUUUGGAGGUCCUUACUUGGAGCUGCUAGAGUUCAUGGUAACUUAGAGGUAGGUGAAUCAGCUCUGAAACAAUUGAUACAGCUAGAGCCAGAGACCAGUGGGAACUACGUGUUACUAUCGAAUAUGUACGCUAGCUUGAACAGGUGGGAUGAUGUGAAAAAUGUAAGGAAGUUGAUGAAAGAUCAGGGGAUCGACAAAGCUCCCGGUAAUAGCAUUGUCGAUAUCGAUGGUGUCAUGCACGAGUUCCUUAUUGGCGAUAAGACUCAUCCAGAAGCCAAAUGGAUAUAUGUGAAAUUAGAUGAGAUGCAUAGAAGGUUGCAAGAACACGGUCAUAAGUCGGGAACAAGAGAAGUUUUGUUUGACAUUGAAGAGGAAGAGAAGGAAGAUGCCCUUGCAUACCAUAGUGAGAGGUUAGCCAUUGCUUAUGCUCUUAUUGCUUCUGAUUCUGAUGCCCCUAUUAGAAUUAUAAAGAACUUAAGGGUUUGCAAUGACUGCCAUACAGCUACUAAGCUUAUUUCGAGGAUUUAUGAGAGGGAAAUUAUAGUAAGAGAUAGAUCUAGGUUUCAUCACUUUAGAAAUGGAACUUGUUCUUGUUUGGAUUAUUGGUAGAAAUUCCUUGUACACAUGUUACAUUUGCAAAAACAUAUACAAUCAAACCUCUUUAUAA